UCGAAAUCAAACCCUCGAGAUCCCCAUACCGCCAAGUCCGGCGCUCGCUCUCCAUCUAUUUUCCUCCCGAAUUCCGAUCUAAUUGAAACCCCCUUCCGAAAAAAAAAAGAACGCGGGGAUUCGAAUCGGGGAGAUCUGGUCUUGGACUCUGGAGGAGCCCCGAAGAAAGAACCGGGAGGCGGGUUGAUUCAAAUGUAGCUCUCCCGUUUUGCAGAUUUCUUUACAGAGGAGCUAUAUGUUCUUCUAUUCUCUAAAUAGCUUAGUGAUGCUGCUCUACCAUGUACUUUUCCAGCUCAAAAUUCAGCAAGUCAUAGGGGUUAUUAGAGUUUUUGUGGUUGUCCUGUAAAAGAGAAAUGAUCCUGAUAGGGAUGAUGUGUGAUUCGCCUUCAAGCCAAAUCCCGUAACACUGGCAUUGUUUAAGAAAAUGAUAUUGUUUCUACUGUACGAAGAUACAUUGUUUACCUUGGUUGAACUGCUGUAGAGACUGCAGACAUUCGCCACUCUAGAAGAAAGCUUUUGUUUAAAGAUGUCUACUAAUGAAGCUGAGACUCUGAAGGACACUUCUUCAAGUGGUACAGGCGAAGUUUCUUCCACAUCAAAAAAUGAGGUGACCUGGAAUGACACACUAGUAAAUUUAGCACAGCAAGCAUCGGUAUAUGGAGUAGCUGCUGGCUACUGCAUAUCAGCAUCACUCCUUUCCAUAAUCAACAAAUGGGCAGUCACGAAAUUUCCAUACCCAGGUGCUUUGACUGCCUUGCAAUAUUUCACUAGUGCAUUUGGAGUUCUAUUAUGUGGACGUCUCAAACUUGUGGACCAUGACCCCCUUGACCUCAUGACCAUGUGGAAGUUCUUGCCUGCUGCUACCAUCUUCUAUCUCUCUCUCUUCACAAAUAGCGAAUUACUCCUCCAUGCCAAUGUUGAUACUUUCAUUGUGUUCCGAUCUGCUGUUCCCAUAUUUGUAGCCAUUGGAGAGACACUCUACCUGAAGCAGCCAUGGCCCAUGCUUCGGACAUGGAUGUCACUUGCCACUAUCUUUGGAGGCAGUGUGAUCUAUGUCCUGACAGAUUACCAAUUCACUGUGACUGCCUACAGUUGGGCUUUGGCUUAUCUUGCGAGCAUGACAAUAGAUUUCGUGUACAUUAAGCAUGUCGUCAUGACCGUAGGGCUUAACACAUGGGGCCUGGUGCUCUACAACAACCUGGAAGCACUGAUGCUGUUUCCCCUGGAGCUGCUUAUAAUGGGAGAGUUGAAUAAGAUGAAGCAUGAGAUCUCUGAUGAAUCCGACUGGUACUCAUUUGGCGUGGUUUUGCCCGUGGCCCUAUCAUGCUUGUUUGGUUUGUCUAUUUCCUUCUUUGGGUUCUCUUGCAGACGGGCAAUCUCAGCAACUGGCUUCACAGUGCUUGGAAUAGUGAACAAGCUUCUGACUGUUGUGAUAAAUUUGGUCAUCUGGGAUAAGCAUUCCACCCUGGUGGGAACGAUUGGUCUCUUGAUAUGCAUGUCUGGAGGUGUCCUCUAUCAGCAGUCUACCUCCAAGCCUAAGGCAACUAAAAAUGAAACCAAGGCCCCAAUCAAUGAUGAGGAGGAGCAGCAAUUGCUAGAAAUGCGGAAUAUAGAUACUGAUUCAACUGAAAAAAAGCAUGUUAUUGUUUCAGAAGACCCAAAAUGAUUCUUGCAAUUAACUUGUGGUCCCUUUGAGGGCACAAUUCAUAAGUAAUCAUCAAUUCCAGUAUUCUUUAAAUGUUAAUCUGCACUCGGAAGAGUGACACAAGAGACUUUCAUGCGGGAUACAUGUCUAAUAUGGUGAAAAUCAUGACCUUUGAGAUUUGGAUAAAGGUGGAAAUAUCAAAAAACAUGUUUGGGGGAGAAAAAUGUAUGCGUACCCCUCUAAUUGUUGAUUGUGGUUGUUUUGGAAUGUGAAGAUUAUUCUCAGCUAUUGCAGGGGCUCUGUCAAUUUAUAAACAAAAGCCGGUUAUUCUGCCUGCUA